UUAUAUCGGCUUGGCAACAUGUAAUUUCUUUAUCAAAAAAACGCAAAAAAAAAAUGAAAAACAUUUUAUUUUCCUCAAAUUUUCUCUGUUUCAUCAACGAAUUACGAAAUUGAAAAAUAAAUUUCUGAAUAAAAAAAUUAAAGUUUGAGCGCUCAAUAAUUAUUUUUAACCCCUAUCGUUUGAAGUCACUUCAUCAAAAUGAUUAUACCCAUUCGAUGUUUCACAUGUGGAAAAGUAAUCGGGAAUAAAUGGGAUUCAUAUCUCGGUUUAUUGCAAGCGGAAUACACUGAAGGUGAUGCCUUGGACGCGCUUGGUUUGAAACGUUACUGCUGCCGCCGAAUGUUACUCGGUCAUGUGGAUCUAAUUGAAAAACUUUUGAAUUAUGCUCCCCUGGAAAAAUAAAAAUUUCUUCGUUUGUGAUAUGUAAUUUUCUAUUUGUUUACAGGAGUUGAGCGUUUCCGUACGUUCGGAAUGAUGAAAUUUUUGAAGAAUCAUCUUGUAGUUUAAGUUGUUCAUUCGAUUUUCGUGUCCGCUCGAUUAUUAUAAUUUUGUAUUUUUUUCAAAAAUCUCCUGAGUAAUUUCAAUGUAUAGUAUUUGUGUUCUUUCUUUUUCAUAAUAAAUUGCAUUAAACUUGCUACAACCUUUUUAUUUCUCUGAUUGAUAAUUUAUACAUUUACAUAUUUCUGUCUAAAUUUGAAAUUUCUGCAGAAAAAAAGAACAGUUGUGUAAUCUCAAAAUAUUCGGCGUUUGAGCUUGAGCGCAAAAUAGAGAAAAAUGCAUACAGUUCACGUCGCCGCAUCAAUGUGAAUUUUAUGUCAUUCCUUGUAAGUUCACAGUAAUUCUCAGGUUUCGCCUAUGCUUAAUUUUUUUAUCCGCAGAACAAAUUAAUUUAAAUAAUUAAUACAGUUAGGUAUGUGAAAUGAAAAUUGAAAAUACACAUCAUAUGACGUCAUCAGCAUAUGUGUUUCAGUGUUUUUCAUUUAUCAUGACUUCAUGACACCACCUGACUAUUGUUCUCAAUUGAUAACAAGAAUGUAUCCGAAUUGAACUUCUGUUUUUAAUUGAAUUUGGAAUUUGCAAACAUAUCGAAUAUUAGAUCGUAGUAAUGUACGCGUGUUUUCCAAAUUUUAGUAAAUAACAUGUGAAAUUAUCUACAUUCAUAUUUACAAUGAAGAACGAACUUUAUCCUGAAGAUGUUGCGGAUGGAACGAAAUUAG